AUGCAAUUAAGGGAGACGAUUGAACAAUUAGUUGCUACAGCUCCUGAUGGUGAAUUACAACAAGUCAAGGAGUCCAUUUCACGGCUUGUUCCAUCCGCGAAUUCUCUGUUGAUCAACAGCGUCGUCGCCCAGCACCUUGAAAAGACGGGAUACGCAAACUCUGAGGUGGUCAUAUCUGAAAUCACAAAAGACCCUGUUAGCGGUAAAUUUGUUGACUACCAAAGUGGAUUCAAAUACAAUCUUGAUUUCUCGUCAUUGGAACCUGUCGACCGUGAGAAGUACAUAUCCGAAGUCGAUAGACCUUCGUACUACGAAGUACUUGUUGAAUUGCUUGCUGCCUAUAGUCAUCGCCACUACCCAUCAUCGUGUAAAUUUGAUGUUUUACCAACGGCCGAUGCGGUGCAUGUCUUGAUUAUAAGUGAGAUUAUAGAACCCGACAACUUUUUGAGUGGUUCAUGGAAGUGUCUCUACACAUUUCGUAAUCAGAAAGUUGAAGCAAAAUUGAAUGCGGAUAUUCACUAUUAUGAAGAUGGCAAUGUUCGUCUUCAUUUUGAAGACAAAGUGAGUCAAUCAAUUCGCGAUGAAUCCCCAGAGGAAAUGAUUGAUUUCAUCAAAUCCACGGAGGAUCAAAUUACUCUACACAUUGUCAAGCAAUUCGAUGAUUUGAAUCAAAAUCACUUUAAGCAUUUGCGUAGGUUGCUUCCAGUUACGAAAUCAAAAGUCAAUUGGGGAAAAGCGAUUGGAAAUUAUAAACUAGGAUCGAAUGUCGCAAAUCGCUAA